AUGUCGUCCAUCCCCGCCCCUGCAGCAGACAAAGUCACGGUCCCCUUCUUCAAGAAGAAAGGCCGUGGACGUCCCACGACCGCACGCAAGCGCUCCGCCUCCCCGCCCACGGGCGCAAGCAGCUCCCUCCCCACUGCGUCCUCCUCUUCCUCCACAUCCAAAUCCGAAGUGGUUCUCCCCUCGCGGAAAGCUGCCGCGAACCUUCUCAGCGCGGGAACGAAGCGCACGCUGUCCCAACGCGACGGUGACAACCGCGUUAUUGACAACAGCGAUGACGAAGAUGAGCGAGACGGCCCCGACGUAAAAUGGACUGCCGCGGGCUCGCACACGAAUGCAGCGCUCGAGAUUCUGCAAGGUGACGAGGCGGCGGAGAUCCUCGCCAAGCGCCAGCGGGUCUCGCGCGAGGAAGACGAGGGGGAGGCGGAGGUGCCUGACGACGGACUGUAUCGUGGGCAGAAGGCGUACGCAACUCACAUCCGGAAGAAUCAGGAGAUCCCGAAGGCGAUGCGUGCAGGCCCGCAACGUGCAACGGGGAGUACGAUUCGGACCGUCACGAUUGUGGACUACCAGCCGGACGUGUGUAAAGAUUAUAAAGAGACGGGCUUCUGCGGGUAUGGCGAUACUUGCAAGUUCUUGCACGACCGUGGGACGUACCUCGCCGGCUGGCAGCUUGACCAGCUCGCCGCGGCCCCACGAAAGUCCGCAGGGGAUGCACCAGAAAGCGAUAGUGACUCAGACGAAGACGUCCCGUUCGCGUGCCUAAUCUGCCGCAAACCGUACACGGAGCCGAUUGUGACGCGGUGCGGACAUUACUUCUGCUCUGCAUGCGCGAUACGGCGGUUCGCGCGGACACCAAAGUGCGCGGCAUGUGGCGCGCCAACAGCGGGGAUCUUCAACCGAGCGGAUAAGGUGAUUGAGAAGAUGAGAAAGGCACGGGAGGCGAAGGGAGAGGGGGGUGAAGGCGAAGAGGGGGAGGAGGGCGCGGAGAUCAAGGGAGUGGAGAUUGAGGGGUUGGGGAAGGGUAGCGAGAGCGGAAGUGGAGAUGAGGACGAAGACGAUUAA